AUGGAACCUACCAGAAUUGCUUCUCUACCUCUUAACACUAUCUCUAAUAUCAUUCCACUCAAGCUCAAGGAUGAUAAAUUUCUUGUUUGGAAAACUUUGAUCACAACUUUGUUCCGAAAAUUUCAAGUUCAGAACUAUCUUGAUGGUUCAUCUUGUCCUGUCAAAUUCAUAUCUAGAGUUUUUGAGAAUCGAAAUAUUGUUAAUCCUCUAUUUACUGAACGGGAACAAGAAGAUUCCAUUAUUCUUCUCUGGAUCCAAUCUGCUAUCUCUGAUUCAGUGAUUGGCUAUGUCGCUGGAGCUUCUACUUCUCAUGAAUUAUGGAGCAACAUUGAACGUCGAUUCUCCAAAGUGUCUACUACUCAUGCGAUUCAGCUUCGUACUCGUCUUCAAACAAUCAAACAAGGUACUAAUUCAGUUUCUACUCUACUUGCUGAUCUUAAGAAGAUUGAAGAUGAAUUAGUCGCUGCCAGUUCUCCAAUUUUCGAUACCGAAAUGGUGGUGAUUAUUCUCUCUGCAUUAUCCAAUGACUAUGCCUCUUUUUCUACUUCAAUCCGCAUUAGAAAUCCACCUGUUAGCAGUACUGAACUUCAUAAUCUCCUAAUUAGUGGGGAACUAGUGGUUAAUCAGCAAAUUGCAACUAAAAAAAUUGAAAAUGAAGCCAAAGCUUUUGCAGCAAUGAUAUUUUCAUCUUCCUAUUCGUCUAAUUACUCCUGA